AGAGUUUGAAAAGUCGGUUUUUUUUAAUUGCAGACUGUAUCUUGAGUUGGGUGCUCAGUUCCCCCUGAGCCAAUAGUCACAUCUUUCAAGCUGAAGCCUACCAAUCCCAUCUCUUCCGUCCUGCGGACUGCGUCAGCCCCGCAACGACUUAUAUCGCGGGGUCGUUUAUCAUCACGAUCACUCCGGCCAGUGACUCAUUCGACGUCGUCCAUUACUGCUCGUGCGCGAUCUACACCACUCUUUAACCAAGCUGCAAAAAUGGCUACCGCGUCAGCGCCAGCGACUUCUCUACUUUCACUCCUCUACCGUUCUUACCCACGAGUCGUUCCGUCAAAUUCUACCGAGCCCGAUCUCGAAUCCAUUUCCCCAAAAAUAUUCCCAACGGCCGAUUAUACAGAUGCUGAGAAGGCAGAAAUCAACCAAUGGUUGUCUCGGUCGUCAGAGUUGGCACAAGCUUUGAAGAAGGGUGAGACAGAGAGCGUUUCAACGCUCCUCAUCACCGUGAAUACACAUCUCGCCUCCCGUACUACUGUCCUUGGCACAAAACCAUCUGUAGCAGAUGUUGCUUUAUAUGCCCUCUUGGGUCCGGUUGUGGAGAAAUGGUCCCCAGAGGAGAGGACCGGCGAGGAUGGAUAUCAUCAUAUUGUGCGGCAUGUUGACCUCGUGCAGAAUGCACCCCUUUUCAGUUUGCAAAUACCAGAGGAAGAAAAGAUUAAAAUCGAUGUGAAUGAUGUGAGAGCUGCACCAAGGGUCGUUGUGGCGAAGGAUGAAAAUAAUAAGAAAAAGAAAGAGAAGAAAGGCGGACGGGUUGGAGAGAAGGAUUUGGUUGUUGGUCGGGGAAAGAAUGCGGAUAACAAUGAAGCAAAUAUAUCCGUGGUAGAUGUGGCGAAGGAUAAAGCUGUCGCCGGGGCUAUAGCCGCCGGUGCGCCCAAGAAGGAGAAGAAAGAGAAGAAGCCCAAGCAACCAAAGGCACCUGCUCCAGCAGCACCCCUUUCACCUUCGCUCAUUGAUCUUCGUGUCGGACAUAUCCUUCGUGCUAUCAAUCAUCCAAACGCAGAUUCCCUUUACGUCUCCACGAUCGCUUGCGGUGAUGCACCAGGCACUGAGCAUACAACGCAAGACGAGGCUACCGGACUCACAGUCCGGACUGUGUGCUCUGGAUUAAACGGGCUAGUACCAUUGGAAGAAAUGCAAGGGCGGAAGGUUGUUACUGUCUGCAACCUCAAACCCGUUACCAUGCGUGGUAUUAAAUCUGCUGCUAUGGUCCUCGCGGCAUCGCCAAAGAACGAUGAGUCCCAUGCUGGACCAGUUGAAUUGGUCUCUCCUCCUGAGGGCGCCGAAGCCGGAGAGCGCGUUUUCUUUGAAGGUUGGAACAAUGGCGACCCAGAGAAAGUAUUGAACCCGAAGAAGAAGAUUUGGGAGACGUUCCAGCCGGGUUUCACUACAACAGAUUCGCUGGAAGUGGCUUUUGAUAGCAGUGCAGUGCCACAGCUAAACAGUGGAGGCGAAACUAGCACAGCACCGUCAACUCCUUCAGUUGGGAAGCUGGUAACGAAAUCAGGCGGUGUGUGCACUGUGAAGAGCUUGAAGGGAGCGGCAGUUAGAUAAUCUU